UACACCCGCAGCCGUUGCUGUAGUUCAGAUCGCCUGUGUUUUACAGCGGACAAAGUGGGCUUAAUAAAUUUGAUAAACAAAUUCAUUGCGCUAUCGUUUAUUAUUAUUGUUUUUUCAAUUCGUCGUCGUCGCCUGUCGCGAGGUGUCUCAAUUAACACACAACAUAACACACGUACACCGUCGAGCACACAUACACGAACGACCGCACGAAUACACACGCGCGCGCUGUUUCGUCUGCUCGCGGCCCCGUAGAAACCCGUUUACGGUGUACAUCAAUCGACCCGCCCCCUUUUCCCUCACAGACACAUGUACACGCUGAGUCUGUAAGGACGAGAGACGGAGGAAGCAGCAUCAUCAGCGGUAGUGGUAGCAGCAGACCGACACAGCAUAAGAAAUUUGCUAAGCAUAGGAAGAAGAUGAUGAAGAAAUAGCAGCAGCAGCAGCAGCAGUAGCAGCAACAGCAACGGCGGCAGAGCUGCACACCUGACAGUAACCCAUUAUCCUGUGAGGAUAGUCCAUUGAACGUCUGUGGUGGAGCGGACGGGGCGUGUAGUCCUAGUCUCCAGUGGAGUGAACAUUCUAUCGGCCACUGCUGAUAAAUAGAAAGCCAAAUAGCGGUGGUAACGCGGAACGCGCAUCGGGAAAAGGCAAGCCAAGUGUGAACAGUGAAAAAUUCUCUCUGAAGAUUGAAAGCGAGCAACGCGUCGCAGCAAGACUCGACGACAGCUGCCAGUGUCGCCAGUGCCAGUGUCAGCCAACCAACCCCACCAACCAACCACUCAACUAAGCAAUCAACCAACAAACCAACCAACACAGCAGUUUGUAACCAGCUAGGGCACAGGGCCGCACCAAGAGGUAAACUGUCGCCGCCGCCGCCGCCACCGCUGCCUUUGCCGUUGCCACCGGCCAGGUAUUGCCUAGGACCAUGUUCCAUGUGCGGUCAACGGCACCUUGCCAGCCAGGCCAACAGCAGUCAGCCAAGCCAAACGGGUCGCAGCCCGUGCAUAUCGGGUGAACGCCGCAAGAGGUAUAGGUGGACAGCACGGCGGGUCAUCGAGUUGAAAGCAACUGCAGCAGAUCGGCCCUUUCCGGUGCUCUACCAGAGGUGCCUACCCACCGUGUCUUUCCUCCAACGGCCACCUCCUGUUGUCUGCGCCAAAAAGCGCUAGCAUAUCACAAACAACACAGCGUGUGACGUAAGCGGCGGACUAGCAGUGGUGAGCAAUCGCGCGCGCGCCCCAGUGCUCGUGAAGGAUUCUGACAAGAGCACCCUUCCACGUUCGGUGCCAGCACUUAUUACUGGGGUACCGGAACACGUAGCCCAUCCUUCGGUAACUGGGCAACAGCGCUGCUGCUGAUUUACCGAAAAUGACGUGAUUCGGCUGAUAGAAAGGGGGCAUACAACGGUGAAAAUGACAAGACGGCAACUACCUCUACAAUAACAAAAAGAAAGAUCUGUGGCGGCGUGUAACGGGCCACAAGGCUGCCUUCUGCGCGACUGCAGCACAAACGGAGCAUCCGCUGGAUCGUGUGAAAACCCGUCCGGCCAAAGGAAUACGCCACGGGACAGCGGAAUAACACUUCAUUUGAGCCGUUGCCACCCGCAUGUUCUGCCCCGGCCCCGAGAUGGUGCCGCGGGAGGCUCCCGCGGAAUAAGAACGCGGGAACACAGUAUACCACCGGUCCGAUCCGGUGAUCCGAACGGACGGAUUUGUGAAGUGGAGUCCUUGGAUUGGAGUGGAGUGGAGUGAAAGGGAUGCAGAAGUGAAAAUCGUGUACAUCCAGCCCUGUCACCUGCCUCUUCCACACCUUUCCGCGCGUACUUUCCGCCUUGUCCUGCUCCACGAGUCUGGGCAGCGUGCGGGAGAGGCAGGGUCCUCCAACAAUCAACCUAUUAACAACACCUGCGUGCGCGUGUCUAUGUAUGUAUGCAUAAGCAUUGUGUGGUCGUGCGUGUCUUUUUGGCGAAAGUAGCGUGGCUAGGCCGUAUACCAUCAAAUAGUGAAUCCUGCUGGCUCUGUGUUGAAAAUCGUGGGCGCAUGUGUGCGAGCGUGCGUGGGCAGGUAUAACGAAUGUGCUUGGCUAGCUUCUCUGUAGAAUCUUCCUCGCACCCUUUCACAGCACAAGGAAGUCCAUCGUACGUGCGUUCGAGCAUACCGGUGUGCACGUUUCUGCCGUAUAUCCGCGUUCCGUUCGUGUCGUACAGGCGUUGUGAGCGUGUUCGCGCGCGUGAGUUUGUAUAGGAGAAGCGGCGCUCUCCUUUUGAUAUCCGAAAGGCCCAGGACCGAUUGAGUUUCCUUCAGCACCUGGAGCCGUGGGAAUAAAAGGGGUGCGUGAGUGCGUGACUACAAGAGUUAUCCUUAUGUGUGGCGUUCGUGUGUAUAUGUAUGUGUUUGGGUCUGUAAUCUGUGUACCCGAGAGCGCAGUCUAUCUGUGAGAGCGUCUCCGUGUGCGCGUUUGUGUUACUGUGUGCAAAUCAAACCAGCUGUCCAUCGGCCACCUGCCGACUAGACGAUCUGCUUGUCUGCUCUUCUGUACAUCAGCUUCUCUGUUCCUCUGCUCUUCAGCUUCUCCGCUAGACUGCUCGUCAGUUCGCCUGCUCGUCUGCGCCAUUCCUGCAAGCCAUCACUCCAACCACCAUAUUAUCAUCGCUUCAAUUCAACGCAGCUCAACCACGCAAGCAAAUUGGGUGAGAGUAGCUCAACUGCUCUAAUACAUCCAGUAGCAGUAAAACUGCGUGUGUCCACAAGAAAGCGGAAUCGGGCACAGAAACUGGCAUUGUGCAACAUCUAUACUGCCAGUUUAGUAAUCGGCGAACAGGGAUCCGGAACCUGUCCUAAUACAGCGGUUGAGCGUCAGAUAGUCCAGUGCCACAAUUCCACUCGAAAGACAGACAGCACUCCUGCAUAGCGUUUCGCAUUCACUGCCUGGCGAGGAUACUAACCCGUCGAGUAUUCACACAUUCCGAGGUGCAUUUGCACACGCCAGGUAUUAAAGCCUAAAUUGUAUCGCAAAUUGCGAUAGUGAAACUGCAAAGCUCGUCUACUGUGCCAACUGAGCAGCUUAUAAAAUAUUGCUGUCAUCGCGUUGUGAGGAUUUGCCCACCGAUUGUUUCCGUUACCUUUUGCAACAUUCCGCAAGCAAUUAUGAUCCAUCCUACUGUCCACAGCUUUGUUGUUGCACUGAGUUGUUGCACAGUUCGAAACGAUCGAUCUCCAAAUGUUUCCUGGAUGCUUCAAAAGGAAAACACAUAAGGAGAAAACCGAUGAAAACACGCAAACAGAAAAACGGAGGAAAACAUAUAAAGAGAAAAAUGAAUUAGUGGAAAACGAACAAAAAACGACGUGGCACAUUAUAUCAGAGUGCGGUGUGUUACACGUUGAAACAGUGGGUGCGUGUAUGCCGGAGUGUGUGGGUCCCUAUGCCCCAUGUUGCGGCGGAAUCAGCAGCAGCGGCAGCGAAAGCAACAGUGGAGACGGCAGCAGCGGUGGCGGCAGCAACAGGGGCAGGAGCGAAAGAAGCAGUAUUAUAAUUAUCGGCAACAGCAGCAUCACCAGAAGAACGUAGAAGAACAAUGCAACAAUUCGCUACUUCACGGGAGUAAGGAGCAACGAUGGAAGAUCCCUGUCCCAAAUUGAAGCAGCAGCGACAUCGGCGGAGGGAGAGAGCUUUGCGCAUGAUAGCGCAACGGGACAGGGAUGCGGCGGCAGACGUUAGGCCCGACGACAGCGCUGACGAAGACAACGGACCGGUGAAUCGGGAGAAACCUCCCCGACCACCCAUACGUCGGAAGCGAAAGGAUAAAGAACCCUCUCCAAUAUUGGAAGAGGACAUCAUUGACGGAUUUUCAAUCCUGGGAUUUAAAUCCUACGAGGACAUCGAGUUUGCCAUCAAAAUCGCUAACAAGCGCAAUGAAAAGCGCCUCUCUACGAUCGUGGAGUUGACAAAGGCUAUGGUCGAGGAUAAGGGUCCGAAGAUCAUCGAUACCACCCCGGCGAAGCUGUCAAUGGAAAUAACUCUGGACGGCCGCUCGGUGACCGACUGGUCGGCAUCGAUCGGCAAUAGUAUCCAUAAUCACCAUCACCAUCAUCACAACCACCACCACCACCUGCAUCUAUUGGUUGAUGGAGUGGAAAAGCAGCAACAGCAUCGAGAUGGUGCCAUUGUCAUCGGUGCGUCGUUAACAUCAAAUGGUACUGACGAACCUGGUGUUGGUAGUAUGGUGAUGCUGGGUGGCAGUAAUAGCGCAGGCGUGAUGAAUGGCGUCGGAGGACGAUCCGCGAUCGAUGGAAGUGGCGAUAUAACGGUGAACUCCGGCGGAAAUGCUACAGACGGCAAUGCAACAGACAGAGGUGGCAGCGGGGAUUGUGAUGCAUCGUCAACCUCUAACGGAGCGAUUCAUGAACAAGUUCACUACCAUCUCAACCACCUUCCUAAUCAUCGUAACAUACCGCAGCAGCACCAGCAUCUGAAUCAACCAAUUGUGGGUAAUGGGACGUCUAAGACAUCAUCAGCAGAAGUGGCAGUGGAUGGGGAAGGACCAGUGUCAAAUAGCGAUAAUAUUAGGGAAAACAUUGCUGCCAACGAUGGCGCCAGUAAUGGUAACAAUGGCAGUCUACCCCGCAUCGAGUCAGUGGCUAACAAUAGCAACAGUGUUGCCGGUGCGAAUUUGAGCAGUACUGGCAGUAACAGUAGCAGCAACGGUAGAAGUAACAGUUUCGUCAACAGUAACAGUGUUGGUAUGGCAUCUUUAGCUGCCGGCAACAGCACUGGUGGUUUGGCGAGCGGCAGUAUAAGCAGCAUAGGCAACAGCAGUAGCAGCAGCAACAGUAGUAAUAGUGGUUGCAGUACCAGUGGACAGCAUAAAUCCAGCAUUACCGUCGCUGUUGGCAAUGGCAACAUCUCUGAGAGCAGUGGUGGCUCCAGUGCAAUUGGUGUAGCUAACAGCUCAACAUUGAACCAUCAUCUACCUUCACAGUUUCAUCAGCAUCAUCAGCAACAGCAGCAACAUCAUAACCACUUGCAGCUUCCGCUUCAGCCACCACCACAAUAUACCAGCCUACAUCACCUUCAUCAUCUCCAUACGCAUCAUCAUCAGUUACAGCAACAACAUCAAGAGCAACAGCUUCGAAAGCAACAGGAAAAGCAGCACGAACAACAGCAGCAACAGCAGAAACAGCAACAACCACAGCAACACCAAUCACUACAAAAUCAAAAUCAGCAACACCAGCAGCACCUGAAACAACAGCAAGAGCAACAACAACCACAGCAGCAUCAAAAUCAGCAGCACCAGCAGGAGCAGCAAUCGCAGGCGCAGCCACAACAGAAGCAGCAGCAUCAACAACAAAACAAUCAUCACGUGUCUGCCGUAAACAACCUUUCUCUUCCGUCGAACAUCGAUCCGGGAACGUCGGAUGACAGUGGAAGGGCAUCGGAACGGCUUACUACGUCCUCGGUGGCUCAACGGGACCCUGACAGCUCACGAGAUCGGCUCAGUGACGCGAGUAGUCGCUGUAGUUCCGGCAAAGGAUAUAUCUGUGAUAGCGAAGGAGACGAUGACAAGGUAUCAAACGGACCAAUGGGUAGUACGACGCACUUGACGCCACUAAACGUUGGCUCACCACAAAAGCCGUCACAACAACUUCACCUGCAGUUACAGCAGCAGCAACAAGGGUCGCCGACCGCUCCACAGCCUCCACCAUCGCCAAUGACGGCUGGCAUCAGCAAUAAAUCGCUUCUGCCGACAGCGUCCGCUAAGAUACCGAACACUGGCACCGCCACCAUGACGACGGCAUCGGCGACGGGCACACAGUCACCUGCCCUGAAGGUAGCGACCCUUCCGGGAAGUUCCUCGCCAACACCUUCAUUGACCGGAACUGUACAGCAGCUGCCGCAGCAUCCACCGAUUCCUCAGCCGUCACCAUCGGCAGUGGCAGGUGCAGGGGUUGGCACUGACCCCUUGAAGCAGAUCUUACAUGUACCAGUAACCGCACCAGGAUCGCUCAUGACAGCCUCAGCAUCUAAUAGUUUAGGACCAGGCAGCAGCAUCAGCAUCAGUAGCAGCAGCAGCAGCAGCAGCAGCAGCAGCAGCAGCAGCAGUACCUGCAGCAGUGGAGGCAGCAGUAGCACCAGCUCACCGACUGUAUCGGUUUCCGGUGGCAAUAAUCAUCAUCUGCAUCACCAUCAUCAUGCGCUUCAUCACGCAGGAAGCAGUGGGAAUAGCGGUUGUGGUGGAGGCGCUGCAACCUCGACCAACAACAGUAUGACCGCUGGUAGCGCGACGCCCUCCACGAUGCCACUCUCGGUACCGAACACACCACCGGCGGCCACGCCUGCAACGACCGGCGGCCAAAAUGGAGCGGUGCAUCCGAGCCUUGAGAGCACGUCGGCGGCUGCAGUGGCGGCGGCGGCUGCUGUGGUAGCCGAUCGGCUGCGUAAUAACAGCCCGGCUGUACCGGGCGGUAGUGCAUUACCCCUCUCGGCGGCGGCGACUAGCGCCGCGGGUCCAACGCUGCUGAAUGGGAGCCAUGCGGCGGCCGUGGCAGUGGCAGCAGCAGCCGUUGCCGCCCAUCCCUCAAUGAUGAUGGCAAAUGGGUUGGGUGGCUUACCGCCCCAUUAUCGGAACUAUCCCGGUUAUCCGUUAUAUUCGCCAUACGGUGGUUUUCAGCACAAUCCCUACCUGCCUCCGUCGGUGACCUCGCCCAACCUGUCGCCCCGCAUACACCCGGGCAUGUCGCCGAUGGCACCGCACACGCUGAUGGGGUUGGGACUGAUAGAUUCACGGUUACAGCCGCCACUCUCGGUUGGUGGUCCAAACCCGAACGGCUCGGUAGCUGGACCGGGGCGCGCUUCUGAUCGCGACCCUUCCCCUUUGAUUGCGGCCACCCAACAGCAGCAGCCACAGCAGGCGGCUGCGGGUGUUUCUUCUUCGGCAGGGGCGGCAGCGCAGCAGAAGAUGCGCCCGAUAACGCCCAACACUAACUCGAACUCGAGUAGUAGCUCCUCUUCCUCGUCUUCAUCCGUUACGAUAAUCUCCAGUACGGCGCCAUCAAUCGGAGGGGUCAGUAUCUACGGAAGCGGCGGUGGCAGUGGAGGCACAGGCAGCACAAGCGGUGGCGGUAGCGGUGGAUCGGAGUCGCUGUCAUCUCAGCAUUUAAAGGGUUCAGGCCCAUCGCUGCCACAUUCGUCGAUCCGCGAUCAGGCACCCCAAUCACACCCGCCUCCUCCACCACCACCUGGAAUGCAUAUUGGCGCAGUACCACCCUUAUCGGCUACCCAUCACCUAAUGGCUGCACAUCCCGCGUUGACCUCACUGUCGGUGACGGGCCAGCAGCCGCCUCCUCACGGGGGCCCGGGUCCUGGGCCACCGGGGCUUAACCUUGGUCACCACCAUACGCUAGUGGUACCCGCCUCAACUACCGGUCUCGGGCCACCACCGCCCGGUCCAACGUUACACCUCCAUCAUCUUCCUGGCACCACAACCUCCACUGGACACCAUUCCUGCGGUUCGAUAGGCAGUUCCAGCAGCCAUCCCAUGGCGAACGUUGUCGGUGGAGGCUCAAGUAAUGGCCAUAGCAAUGGCGGUAGCAGCAGCAGUAGUAGCAGUAACAGCAGUAGCGGCGCAGUAGUUAGUAUUGGUGGUGGAGGCAGUAGUAGCAGCAGUGGAAGCAUAGCGGUCACCUCGCGAUCUCACUCGCCUCGCGGUCAUAGUCCAAAUAGGGAAAGAGAUAGCUAUAGCAGUAACGUGAGUACUUUAUCCCGGUCAACACCUGGCCUAUCGGUUCCACCGUACGGCAGCAGCAGCGGAGGUCUCGGUGCCGGUUGUGCGGUAACUGGAUCAGUGGCGGGUAUCGCUGGUAGCGCCGGAAAUAGUGGCACUCACGGCCCGGGCGCCCCAUCACCAGCACUUCCAACGUUCGGUACGACCAGCGGUGCCCUUUCGCACUCAGUCGCACUGGCCGUGUCAUCGGCGGCCAUGUCGGUAGCCGUGUCUUCUAGUCUCACUUAUCCUAAGACAACGCUAGCAAUUAAUACCGGUCUGCUGGUGUCCUCGGCCGUUGGAGCAUCCUCACUCGGUGGUGGAAUACCUCCAGGCUGGCCGGCACACUCUGCACCCCAUACCCACUCGCCGGCGGCCGCACCUGUUAGUAGCAGUUCUUCCUCGUCGGUCGCUGCGACUGCAGCGCAUCUCUCACGGCCUACGUUAUCUUCACCUUCGGUGGCAACGGCUCCGACAUCCUUCAGUGGUGCCUGCUCUUCAGUGGCGUCGGUGGCGGGUACGGUGCCCUCGAUCGUUUCGUCCGCGAUCGUGGUGUCUUCCAGUUCUGUCGCCUCCGUGACGACGGCGUCAUCCUAUUCGCCCCUCUUCGCUACGCCUAUUCCACCACCAACCAGUUCCGCCAACUCGUCGACAACAGGUCCGGGCGGUGUUUCGACCGGGUCUGCACCAUCGGCAGGCCCUGUCCAAACACCACAUCCCUUCUCUGCCGAGUCGCUUUUCUCCACGAAAGUGUCCGAUCAAACCGACAUGCUGCGGCGAGAGUUAGACAAUCGGUUUCUGGAUCGCAGCGGUCUUACGGGCGUACCGCCGGGGGCACCGUAUCUACGACAGGAGCUGCACCAUCACCAGCAUCAACACACACAUUUACAUCAGCACCAGCCGCUGCUGCCCGGUGGGGCUGUCGGUGCUGCGGCCCUCUUCCCACCGCCUCUCUUCAAGGACGUGCCGAAGAUCGGAGCUGUCGAUUCGCCCUUCUACCGAACCGGACUCGGGAUGCCAACCUACGCUGGCUAUCCACCCGGACUGCUGCACCCAGGGCUGAGUGGAACGACGCAGUUCGUGCCACCGAGUCAUCUACAAUCUUUCGUCUCUAAGAAAACUGGAAAAUGGAACGCGAUGCACGUGCGGAUCGCUUGGGAGAUUUACCAUCACCAGGCGAAGCAGAAUCCGGACAAGGCAGCGUCUAUGAAGACGGCAUCGGAAAUGCUUCGACCACCGUCGCACAUGUACCCACCGUCGGCGGCUGCGGCGGCCGGUCUGGUUCGUCCCCACGAUCUACCCUCGUCCACCUUCCCACCAACAGGCCUUCCGGGACGACCGAGUCCGUAUGAGUCCGGUCCACUACCACCGACUUUCAUGAGCUCACCGGCUAGUCAUAUAGGAGUGUCUCCGUUCGGUCGUUACGCGUCACCGUACGGCGGCUCACCGUUCAGCGGCCUUUCCACCUUCUCGCGCGAUCUCCAGAUGGGUUCACAGAUGGCGGGCUCCUUGCAUGACCCCUGGCGAAGUGUUAUGCCACGCAGCGUUGGCAGUUAUCAACCAGGACCACCACCAUCGGCUGGUUCUUGGCCAGCUAUCAAGCAGGAUCCAGCCCUCGCAGCUGAAACGGCUCGUCGAGAAGCGGAGGAGCGUGAGCGGCAGCGAGAGCGCGAGGAGCGUGAGAGGGAUCGGCAGCGUCGGGAUCGGGAGGAGCGCGAGAAACAACGCGAGCGUGAACGGGAGGAGAAACUUCGCAAGGAGCAGCAGGAACGCGAACGCCAGCGUGAGCAGGAGCGUGAGCGUGAACGCAAAGAGAAGGAGCGCCGGGAAAUGGAGCGGCGCGAGAUGGAGCGUGAGCGAAUUCUACACCAGCAGCAACGGGAGUCGAAAGCAGCAGCAGCGGCGGCUGCUGCUGCGGCAGCGGCCAAUGCAGCAGCCGCCUCACUCAACCGCGACCGCUCACCACUCCGCAACGGCACUGAACUGGACAUCCGGAUCAAGGAGGAGCCUCGGAAAGACGAAGAGCUGCUGAUGCGCAGCCACGCGGCGGCAGCAGCGGCUGCAGCCGCAGUAGCCGCAAGUGAGCCUCGCUACCAUCCAUCGAUGAUGUCGCAUCCCUACAUGACCGGGCGGCAUCCUUCCGCCCACAUGUUACCUGGUGGCCAAUUCUCCCGCACGAUGCUACCGCCCUCGAUAGGCUUACCGUCUCACUUUCCCCCGCACGGUAGCUGGGGACCGGAUCCAUUCCGAGACUAUCGACUCGAUUCGUUGCAUCAUCCCCUGCGCUACAAUCCGAUCUCUAAUCCGAUCAUGGACGCGUACCGAGCGGAGGAGGCGAAGGCCUCGCUACUGUACGCGGCUCAAACGGCCGCUCAUUUUCGGGGUAAGGAUCCUAGCCCCGUGCCACCACCACCAAACGCCCCUCAUCAUCGGUUGGUAGGUGGACCGCCGGGUGGUCCAAUGGGAUCUGCCCCCGGCAUCCCAGGCCAAACACCCGGUGCUCCCACCGGAGGGAUACCACUCAGCACUAGCCAUAAACCUCCAGCGCAACAGCAACAGCAAGGUCAUGGCGGUGGAAUGCCCGGAUCAAUGAAUGGACCGGGCACGCCCGGUACACCUGGUACACCCGGUACACCUGGACUCAGCGGUCCUCCGCCAGCUUCCUCCUCUGGCACGGCCGGAUCUUCGUCUUCCGGUUCAUCUACAAUACCAGGCGUCUCGCUCGAUCUCCACAAGAAGGAAGACUCGUGCCAGUCUCGAUGAUAGUCGGUGGGGUCGCUGGCCCGUGCUGGCCCGGUUGAUGGCUUCAACACAACCAGCAACACCACUACCACCACCAAAAUUCCUACGGAGAGCUACGGCAUCAAUUCAGGGGCAGUAAAUGCAGCAGCAACAGCAGCAGUGGGAACAUCGGGAUUGUUAAUAGUCAUUGUCGACGAUGAUUGAGGGAUUUGCAAUAAGCGCUGACCCCAGGGCGUUAAGUAUUAUGAUUUACAGAUAGUGUUGAAAAGAACAGCCCUCGCUUCGCCCCACAUCGCAGAGACUCAUCGAUAUUAGAGUUGCAAGAGGAGGAGGAGUGUUCCGAGCACAAAGAUGUGAUUGAUGUCGUGGCCUCACCCCACGUCCAAUAGCGCGUCAAAGGAACACUUCAGAACGCUAGCUAGCGCCAGUGGUGACUGUGAAACCACUGCCUGACCGAGUAGCAGGCAUUCGUUUGUCGCUCUUCUUCCCAGUCUCCCACCAUUGAUGCUUUGGCCGAUUGCUUCCCUAUUACCAGCACAAAGGAUUUCAGUCCAUUGUUCGUUCGCCUAGUACAUGCACUUGCCCCCGAUCCGUUUUGAUAUGUUACUGUUCAGGCAAUUUGCCGCUGGACGUUUCUAACCCAUAGACCCAGGGGAUGCGACGAUAUUAAUAGAUAUAGACACGGAAUUUGCAUACCUCGCCUUCACAUGGUGAUGUUUUACUGUUGACGCUCACGGUGGGCGCGCACACGAUACCCAAGACUGAUUCACCGCCGUUACGCGGAACCAAUUCUUUGGCAGUUUUCACCAAUUGUUUUGGACAUAUUCGUCGUAUUUUAUCACUUCACUCUAUUUUAAUACUGGUCUCGUCCUCGUCCGUUUUGCACAAGCACGCAUCAUACGUCCAUUCUUCCCUUGUCAGCAUUUCAGUUUGUUCGAUGAUUAUGAUUACGAUUCCAUUUUAUUUUAUUCGUUCGUUAUUUAAUUCGAUUAUUACAUUUAUUGCACAAAAAUAGAGAUAGAGAUAGAGAGAGAGAGAGAGAGAGAGAGAGAGAGAGAGAGAGAGAGAGAGAGAGAGAGAGAGUGAGAGAUACCUAGUCAAUUGGAACAUUAUGUUUCAUUUUCCUCCAUUUGACUGAUUGAGUUUGAGACUUUAAAAAAUCCGCUGUGCCUGGUUGAUUUGCAGAUGACGUAAUUCAAGUUGAACAGAAUUUUGAUCCCAGAUUGCUUACGAAUGGCAUGUGACAUUAAGAUAGGCUGAGGACUUGUCCAACCGGUGGCCUCCAAAAUGGAACGAAAACGCCUUUAUUACGACUCUUGCCAAGGCCACACAUUUAGAUCCUGCGGCCCUGAACAUGAAACACAGAGAAUAUGAAAAACACAAUCGGGUUAAAACUUCCUCCCCUCCAAUUGUCCAAAGUCCCGUUUGCUCAACCCCUGCGAUUUGAGUUUAUACCUAGUAAAAAAAAUGCAUUUAUUCUAUUCUCCGCUGUGUUGUAGGACCUUGCAGGGAAAAAGGGCAAGAGAGUGGGUUCGUAGCAUUUUCGCGGAGGUGCAAAAGAACCCUCUUGCGGCGAGGGACAGCGAUGCCUGUACAUAUUUUAAAAAUAUUCUAAUUAAAUUAGUAGUCGUUUUAGACUGAGUAUGGCGGAAUAUGGAGGGCUGCGUUUAUUUUUCGCCUUUGGACGUAACCAACCAAAAAUGAGCAAAAUUUAGCAGAACACACACACGCACCCAGAGAUAGAUGGAGAGAGCGAGAGAGAGAGAGACAGUUUAGGACGGGAACUUAGCGGGGCUGGGCAAAUGCAUCUCCUGGGCGGGAGCGCAUAAACGAAAUAGGCUUACUAGAAGGAAAUAGGAAAGUUGGCCGUUUUGCUGGGGGCUUUCUCGAAUUUGAUCGAGUGAUCUGAUCUGCCGGCUGCCGUCUCUUGUUUCGCCUCCCUUAUUAAUUGGGUGUGAGGGAAUGGAGGGAGGUAGGGCGGAAGGGCUAAGUGGGAGGGAAAUAAGCGGAAUGUACACGGAAUGCCGAAAGUCUAAGUGUCGCCGUUAGGACUGCUCAUGCGAACAGCUCGGCCGCGGCCCCUUAAAGGAUGUUACGUAGCAUAAUUUUAUUUUAUUUUCGUUUUUAGAAAGCUAAUGAAAUAUUAUUUAUUCCAUAGUCAGUCCGGUAUGUAGAUAUAUGUAGCUAUAUACGUGUAGUAGUUAUAGUAAUUUGCUAGAAGCUAGUGUUAUUGUCACAGCGAUGCUCGCCGGUCGACGGGGAAGAGAUGCACCCUUCAUGGCAUCUUACCACAUCUGCUGGUCGCCAGUUUCGUUCUGUGGGCGCCUGGGAACGACGGGAGACCAGCGAAAUGUAUAAGCGAAAAGAGAUGGGUAGCCCAAUAGGAGAUGGUAGCACAGUAACGUACAUGUAUAUAUAUAUAUGUACGUUAUCCUUCUGCUAUACAUCCUCACAUCCUGUACACCCUCCAUCCCCACCAAAAAGGACUCAUAGACUCAUCUCUGUUUUGCAUUACAAUACAAUAAAAAAAUACAAUCAAAUAUAUUAUUUCCAGAGAUUGUUUUGUGUUUUGUUGAUUUUUUGUUAUUUUUUUUUACUCUUCUGGUUUCUCUAUUUUUUGUUGUUCAUUUGAUUCUUCUGUUCUCCCGGAGUUAGUUCCUCUUUUGGUAGCGUUCACAUUAGCAGCAUUCUGGCCAUAAGUACCCUAUUGACAACAGAUAUGCAAUUUGCGACCAGUUUUCUGGAUCAGUCCUACAAAGCGAUUGCUUAUGGGCCCCUUAAUGGCCACUUAAACUUUAACCGGUCUCCUUGCAUACCUUUUGCCAUACGGGUAUGGAACUCCCCCUCAUUUUCUGAUCAGAUCUUGGU